UCAGACUCCAACAAGCGAUCAACAGAAGUUAUGAUGGCUGCGUUGCAAAACAUUGUGUUGUUUGUGUUCGCUGUCCAUUUAGUUGGUUCGGAACCAUCUUCAUCAGCCCUCGAGAACAUAGAUUCAUGCGAGGACAGCUGUGACAAAACAUAUUCGGGACACACCUAUGAAAAUGGAGAACAGAGCAUUAGUUGCAAAAGAGGAUGCAGAUUUUAUUCCAUCAUGGCAUUCGUCCAUAACAACGAAGAUGUGAACGGCACCCUUGCUGAUUGCCAGUCAAGCUGUGAAGAGUCGUACACUAAUGCAACUGACGACAGUAGUAUCUGCAUAUCAGGAUGCCGUAGCCAAGCUUUUAUCGCCCAAAGUGCUGCUUCGGGAAUUGAGGAUGAAUCAGAAGUAAGCAUCCUAUAUCCACUAAUGUACAUGCACAGUGUAUACAGUAAUAUGAUAGACAAGGUCUACCGUCAGUUUGAGGUCACAUGGUCACUUUUUAUGGAAGCAAGAAGUGGACAGCUGAUUGUAAUGCGCUCAGAGCCCCAUAUUGUUGAUUUUGUGGUUGACAUAGAUGAUAUCCAGGAAGCUCUCCCUAAUGCAGAUGAUAAAACUAGUGCAUAUCUAGAAACCAAUAUUGCUGGACAAGAUAAUUCUGCAACACCAUUGCUAAACUUUAGGGCUUCCCAGAUAAGAGCUGCACAACAGCUGGAUGGUAACCUUCAGAUGGAUGUUGAUGAAAUGAAUCAUGGAGAUUGGCUUACAUGCGUUGCUAGAAAAACUGGCAUUGCACGCAUUGUCCUCAGCUUCCUCAUCUUGGCAUGUGCCAUUGUCAUGAUUUGGUUCUGUCUCACUGCUGCUGCCACUGCUCCUGAGCAGAACCUUAGCAUCAAUGGAGACCUGGAGUACUUGAGCAAGCUGUCAGGCAAAGACCGGUUCAAACUCCUACACCCACAGUCUCAGGUGGAAGCAAGGCCUCUCCCCAUCAAGAUUCGCAUUGAGCAGAUCUAACCAUCCUGUCCUUACAUUUCAUAGUUUUUGUUCCUGUGAUCAUUAGGUCUAUGCCUCUCCCCUUCAGACUCCCAUUCAAACAAUAGUUUUAAAGUCAGGUGAGGGGAAUAAAAGGAAGCAUUUUACUUUGAGGUACAUUUGAUGUGCCAAUGUGAUGAUUAUUCUGGUGCAUAUUUACAUCCUGCAUUCCUGUUGAAUGGCUUGGUCAUUGUCUAUACUGUUUGGGAUUUCAUAUCUCAUCCAUACACUUUGCUACUGUUUUGCCUUAUGCAUCAGUUUACAGACAUCUCUCUGCAUUAUGGAAUAAAGAAUAAAGCAUUACAUCAUGUUUUUUUUAACUGGAGACCUGUGUAAAAGAAACAGAGAUGUUCUUAGAAAUCAUAAAACUUUUGUGGGAUACUGAGGAACUGUUAUUUCUUAGUCUUAUAUGUGUACAUAAUAUGUAUUUAGACUGUAAUGAGUUGCAAUUUUCGUGUGUGAACUUUGUCUAAUUUGCAUUGGUUAUUUGUUAACACUUUCCCAAAACAAACUAAAUUCUACAUAAAGAUUUGUGAUAUUUUCUUUUUUGGAGGGUGAAUAAUGCUCUUGUUAAUGUUAAUAUCUCUAUUCCAUUGCAUUGUAAUUGUAAUGACUUUAUAUAUAUAUUGAAAACAGAGCACACCUCCCAUUUAAAUUGCCCAUUGGGACAAAUAAAGUUGGUUAUUGUUAAUGGGCAAAUAGGUCAUCAGUAUGUUCCAAGCUUUCAAUUCCCAGUCAGACUCCACCUUUUUUUUAAGAAUUAAGUUUCAUAAUCAAGAAAACUCUUCCACUAACUCAGUUCUUGAUUUUCAUCCAUAAACUUUGUUAUGGUGUCCUCUGUUUGCCGAUGCUUGUGUUCCAUUGUUGUUGAUCUUUGGUUCAUUUGCAAUCUUUCAUUUGCAGUACAUUUAAUUAUUCAUUAUCAUUCAUUGAAAGAAGCAGGAAAAAAUUGAGUAAUGCAAAAAUUUUAAACUAAAGAAUUAUCUUAAAAUGUCUUACGAAACAGCUAUGUAGAAAACCAAUAACAACACUGCUAUAGGUGUAAUCUAGUUUGAAACAUCACUGUUUUCUCAUGUCUUUAUGUUGUCUAUGUCCUACAAAUUCUAAAAGUAACACUUCAAAUUUAUUUCACCUGAUGAUGUAAAUUAAAAGUCUAGAGUUUGUACUUUAUAAAUAUACAUUAUUUGUAUGUGUGCAUGUGUGGUUUACUGUUCACCAAAUUUUUUCGUUUGCAAGUGCAGAAAAUUAACGUUUGCACAAUAUUUCUUAUGAAGGACAUGAGCUUUGAAUUAUUUUCUUUAGUCGGAGCAAAAUAAGAAGAGUGCAGAUGUGAGAAACCCAGAUGAACUUAAUUAUGACACUGUGGAAUCAAGAAAUAAAUACGUAUCAAAAAGGGGCAAUAUUAUUUAGUGAGUUUUAAUGGGUACACAUUAAAAAAAAAAAACAGUAGUAAAUACCUGUAGAAAUACUGCCGUAUUUUGUUUUUUGUUGGAGAGAAGGCAGAUUGGAUUAAUUGCUGUACAUAAAAUAAACAUGAAACGUUCAUCUUUACAACUGCUGGAAGGCUAUAUUUUGCUCAGCAUAUUGUGAACAGUUCUGAGAAUUUUUUUAAAAUAUUAUUUUCUGUAGGAUUUGCACUGUAGAAAGAAUUGCACAUUAUGGUUAAUUUGAAAUCACAGUUUUUCUGCUUUCCAUUAAGAGAUAAAGGAGCAUUAAUGAUCACUAUUAAUAUAAUUUUUGCAAAUCUGUUCUAAGCAGCUGAAAGCUAUCCUAUUUGAAUGCCAGAAUAAAUAGCAAAGGGAUAGCAACAUUAGCUCACUUUCCAUCGCAGCUCAUGAUCGUUAAAAAAAUAUAACGUGAUGUGUUCAUUUUUAGGGCUUAUAAAACCUUUAUAUUAGUCUAAUGCAAACAUUGAAAUAUUUCCAAUUUGUAAAGCAAUCCUACGAUAGAAGAACUGAGAAGUUACUGGUAAAGAAUAAAAGCUUGAAGAGACGUGAUGCACUUUGUAAUAGUUGUAAUGCUACACACCUCAAAUCUAAUCCUUGAAUUUAAAUGGAAAUAGCUCUUCAUACAAAAUUUAUGUAAAAUUGAAACUCCUACAAAAAAUGGAAUGCAGAUCUUGUAACAUAAUCACCAAACCAAGUCUGUUUUGGCCGACCAUUCACAUUCAUUUUCUUUUUAUAAAAAUCAUUUUUAAGAGGUGUUGGCUAUCUGUGUCCAAUAAACUUACGGCAGUGGGUGUAUUUCUAAUAAAGGGUUAUUAAAUCUGA